AUGACGAUGGAGGGCCAAAACGGAAGCCGUCUACACAGUCCGCCUGAUUACCAUUUCGGAAACACCACCACACCUCUCUACGUCCUUGCAGUGUCUACGCUGGGAUGGGUUUCCUACUCCGAAAAGACAUCCGCUAAACCGCAGGAGGAGGCGGUCGUUGCCACGGAGACGGAGGCAGCACCAGCCGAGUCGACGGGGCCAACGAGUCUCGAUGUCGUCGAGGUGGGAACCAAAGAGGUGCCUGUUGUCCACACAGAGACAAAAACUAUCACCUAUGAGUCUGCAGAGGGUGAAACUAACGGUGACGUAGACCCUGGGGUGUUGCUGAGUGCUCAGACCAUCACCUCGGAAACCACUAGCACCACGACAACCACACACAUCACAAAGAUGGUGAAAGGAGGAAUAUCGGAGACGAGAAUUGAGAAAAGGAUCGUCAUCACGGGAGACUCAGACAUCGACCACGAUGAGGCUCUGGCUCAGGCCAUAAAGGAGGCUAAAGAACAGCAUCCUGACAUGUCAGUGACCAAAGUAGUGGUUCAUAAAGAGACAGAGAUCACGCCAGAGGAGGGGGAGGACUGACCCAGGAGUAACACUGAGGGCUGUUUUCUGUUCAACCUCCCAGAAUCCACCUCCACCAUAAUACUCCGAGACUCUCAGAAGACUAGAACGGCUCCUACUCUCCGAAUGCUGCAGCUCUCCGCUAGUCGCAAACCAUCACC